AUGAACUACAGUGGAAAUAUGCCAGAUUGGCAUCAGUAUAAUCCUCCGCAAUCAGGAAUAAACGAUGUAACAUCGACCGCUCAAAAUGUCAAUUCGGGACACUUAUCGUUUAUCUCCAGUAUUAGUCCGACGCAAUUGAACGGUCUGAAUCUCAGCUCGGAGGGACUCGAGAAACACCAAAACGAUUCCAAUUUUAAUCCGAGGCACUUUCAGCCGCAUCUGUCGAGCAAUAUCUCACAUGGUCACAAUGCCACUGACAACAAUCCCCUCGCGUCGAUGGUGCAGAUGCAGAAUUGCAUUGGCCACUAUGGGCCUUCGAAUACGAGAAAUCCCAUGGACAAUUUGAAUGGUUCUAUGGAUCCGAGGAAUGCCGCGAUAGGCGGUAUAAAUGAAGAGUUAGGUUAUAGAAAUAAUCAGAUGCCUUUAAACGGACCUAUCUCGCAUCUAAAUGGACCAAACGUGAUGAAUAUGAAUGCACCGCAUGCGUCAAUGGGAUCACGAAACACCAACGUGAAUUCGCAUGCCACUAGUAGAACAGGUCCUCCGCCAUCCUUCGUUCCCUGCAAGGGUUUGUGCUGCAAUCCGGAUCCUAACAUAAGUUACCAGCAGUACUGCUCUUAUCCGAAUAAUGCGACUUAUAGGGAGAAUAUUCGUACGUCCACCGGAUACCAAACGGACGCUCGACGAUUCGGAAACGAUUAUAAUUUUAGGAAGGACAAUUUUGACAGCAAGGAGGUUCUAUCGCCUAUGGUGCAACCGCCUAAUGGGCCUAAUGCUGAUCACCGGAGAAACUUUUCUGAUUUUAAAUAUCGCAAGGAUCGCCUGAUUUCCCGCAACUAUUCAUCAUCCUCGGGCAUGUUGCCGAACUAUCCCAUGCAAAAUUACAACUACACGGGAGAGUACCAGAAGUAUCCUUACAAUGUCAAAGAGUAUUCCAAGAUGAGCGGCAUGAACGUGCCGAAUCAGGGGAUGGUUAAACAUCCGGAACAAGGUUUCGCGAUGCCUCAGCAGAAGUAUAACAACAAACAAGUCCCGUAUCAAACUGGCGGCGCUAUGAUAUCAACCAACAUGCCGUCCACGAGUGUUCCGAACUUGAGUAUGAUGCCACCUGCUCAGAAUACUUAUUUCAAUUCGCAGUACCCGAGAAAUCUAUCGACAGACGCUUCGCAUGACUGUCAGGAGGCCACCGAUAAUGCAUCCAUGGUAAACAGAAUGCAAACAUCUACGACUAUGCAUACUCCCUCUCAUUCACGGUAUCCGAUGUAUCAACAGAAGAUAGCGAUGCAGAGAUUCUCGAUGGAGAAUCAUCUGAGGGAGUUGGCGAAAAUACCCGGGUACCAGUCGCAUCCCAAGUAUAAGGAAUGUGUUCAUAGAUAUAGAGAAAUAUUGAAAUUACAGCAGUCUCAUGUCACAUAUCAGGGACAAAUGCAGCAGACUCCAUGCGUCGCCACUACCACGUCGACAGUUAAUACCUCUGCUAUCCCACCUAUAAACUUGCAGUUCGAUCAAAAUGGCGUUUUAAUCAAUUCUAAUUACAUGCCCGAAGCUUUCCCUAGAGUACAACAAGCAGUGAAUUCUCAAACGCCGGACAACCCGGUGGACAAGCAGAGUAAGCAGGAUGGCAAUGGCGUCCCCGAAAUGACGAAUCGCAACGUCCAGAAGCCGGAACAAUUGGUGUCGCAACAACACGACGGUCAUGCGACCGCGCUGUGCGCGGAAAGCAUGCAAAAGCAAGAUCGAUACCCGGCGCAAAAGAGCCUCGAGCAGAAUCAGUUCGAAAUUCAAAAAACCGGAAGCGAGAGCUUCAACAAUCUGACUGGGAACGCGAAUGACGCGGUUAUACAACAGAAAAUGUCCAAAGAGUUCGCCGACAAGCCGGAGCUUGACGUACGACAGUUUCUCGCCAACUGGGAUGAAUCGGAGGAUGAAGAUGGCGCGAGUACCAAUUUGCCGAACGCUGUUCUGAGCGAUUCGACACCAGUAGUAGUCGUGGGCUACGAGAACGUGAAUCUCUCGGCGAAGACGUUGGAGGGUCUAGAGGUCUCCAAACCGGAAGAGAUCACCCCGAAUGUUAUAACGUUCGAAAAUCAGGAGAAGAAUGAUAUCGGUGUGAUACCAGCGCAGGACUGUCUGACCAUAUCGUACUCAUCCGCGGAGAACGUUGAGAUUGCGAAGGAUUCAACGUGUAAGGAUAUCACGAAGGAAACUAUUGUACGAUCGGGAAGCCACAUUAUACAGUGCAUAAGCAAUGGGCCUGACGAGGUACCAACGAUACACAUAGUUGACAAUUUAGAGAUAGGUAGCAUUUUACAGGUCACAAACGGUCAAGUUACCGAGACUUUGGAAAGGCAAGACACAGUGUCGUUCUUCCAAGAAGGAACAGAAGUCGCGGCAGCAGCGAUAACUCUCGAGGCCGCCGAUAAGUUCAAAAAGACCGACAGCAACACAACCGAAUCGGUUACGACCGAGUUCAAUGCUGAUCUUGGAAAUCUGAAGGAUUGCUGCAAAGAGCAAUACGUCGAAGGUCCCUCUCCGCCUAAAGCGAUGGAGAGCACCCAAACGUCGCGAGUAAGUGACCGGGCGAUCACCGCUCUGCCUAUGUCGGCGAAGGAUUCCGCCCGAGACACGAAUUUGAAGAAACAGAAUAGUUUCGCGAGCGAGGAAUCUCAUAAUCCGGACGAUAUAAGUUUGCCAGACUUGCCCACGUCAGAGUGCACUCCGAUCUCUACUACGCUGAACACGCCGAUCCACUCUGACAAUGAGGAAUCGUCGGAGCGUGUCGAGGAUCUCACGAUAUCAACAAAUCCAAUCGAGAUUAUGCAGAACAGUCCCAUGAUUAGUUUCACGCAGUCGCCGACGAAGAGAGAGCCCUACGAUCAUCUGAAUAGCGAGGAAACCGUCAAGAAUAAACCGGCCGAUUCAUUAGAAAAUGAAUAUCAGACGGAGAAUCAUUUCAAAAACAACAACGGUGAUAACAACAUGCUCGGUCAUGAUGCUAUUCUUGAUACAUUUGAAUUUUCCACGAAUACUGAUAAGAAUGGAUCUGCGUCAUUUACAAAAAACAGUAAAGAGCACGCGAAUCUGAAUGGAACUUCCGCUUCGGCAAAUAAUAGCGAGAAGAUAUUUGCGCUCGACAAUGAAACGGAAACUGUGGAGGCCACUAGCAUGCGUAUGACUUUGACCUCCGGCGAAUAUGAAUUAAAGAUCGUGUCAACUGGAAUGCAAAAUAAAUCAAUGCAGGUUCAUAAAAAUUUAAACGAGCGCCGUGCUAAUGAAUCUCAAGCGACGAGUCCGGAUGCUCAUAAAAAAUCACAGGCAGAAACGAAUGCAAAAGUCGCGUAUAACGAUUCGACGAAUGGGGAUAAUACGACAAAGAAUGUCACGAAUAAUCCUGACCCUAUUACGUUAGACGGCGGUCAGGAUGAUUAUUCCGGAAGAAGACACGCCUUGACCGAAAUGACCCGUCAAACGGCAAUGAGCAGGGUAAGUUCAUCAAUGACAAACGACACCGCUCCGAGAAAUUCCAGGGCAGAAGAUAUGAUGCAGAUUGUUAAAAGUAAUUCACCUAUAUCACAUAGCGCGAAACAGUUGACAUUGAGUAACGAUAAAUUGAGGAAGGCCGAGGCAUUGUUCACGAACGAGGAUUCUUCGGAAAAGAGCGCCAACAGUAAUAAAUCAGUAAAAAUCAACGCGACGGACUCGAAGAAUUCUCAGCAUGUAAAAUUCGCGGAUCGCAAGAAGUCGGUCUCGGGCGACCAGGCAAUUUCUCACAAAAAGAGAUGUUUGUCGGAAAAUACAGAGGGUAGCGGCGGAUGCGGCGAAACCAUUGUACAUCACAAUAAACAUACUCAAGAAAUAGCAACGCAUAAGGACAAAUCCUGUACUGUUGAAAAUUCCAAAGGAUUUGAUAAUUCGCGUAAUAAACCGAGAGUGAUCGAGAACAUUAGCAUUACCGAUAGCGGGGAAAGGAUGCGGCUUCUAAAGGAGUACAGAAGAAUAAAGUAUAAAUCACACAGCGUUAGUAAAGUUCACGAUAAGGUAAAGGAUACGCAGGAGGCCUCUGAUUAUGCGACGAAUAAGACGUGUCAUCGUUCGUCGAAUCCCGACGAACGAUCCGAGUCGCAGUCACCAUGCGAUAAUCAGCUAUGCCAGAAAGACAUGGCGAGAUCUAAGUCGUCCGAGGAACAGCAAGAAAAACAUGCGAACAUCUUGAAGACUUUCGUAGCUAAGAAUAAAAAUCCUGACUUUGCUAUUCAAGUUACGAACGUCAAUCUGAAACUCAAAGAUGACGAUCAUCAGAAAGGAUCUCAGCAUUCGAGGGAGGAGACGAAGAGCAGCGGUUCUCUUGACGGGAUCAAGAUUGAGAUAAACGUGUCAUGCACGGAACGGAAUACAACAGAGAAAUUGCUGCAUGAGAAUAUCAAGAAUGCCGUCGCCGAGACGAUCGGCCAUUUGACUAAUACGAUCUCAAAUUCAACGAAUAUAACGGAUAAGAAAAUAAUUUGUGAUAAAGCGGAUCGCCAAGAUUAUGAGAAACGCAAUCGAUCACCAUCCGCUACAACAGAAGCGUCUAACGAAGCUCAUGAAGAUCACAACAACACAGUCAAAUCAGUGGUCGCAUGCGAGGAAGAUAUGAACAACGAAACACUUUCGAAGAAGAGACGAAGUUCAUUGUCGGCACAAGAAUUGAUCAAUGACGUAUACGAAGAUAGCGGUAUGUUUUCGAAUACUUGUAUGGAAUCGACUAGUUGCAAUGUAAUUUUACGAGAUGAUACUCUUUCAGGCACCGUUAAUAUCGAAUCUGAGCUGACAUCGAGCGCUCUGAAAACUUCAAGAUCAGAACAUGCGAUGAACAGGAGAAGCAUACAUCAAGAUGCAGAAAGGAAGAUCGCUAUUACCAACUUCGGUAGCGAGGAACUGAAAGCCUCUUCGGACAAUUCACCAUACUUAGGAUUGAAGACUGUCAAUGUGCAGAAGAAGGAACAUCAGCAAAUAGCCGUCGCUUCUCCAUGCAGGAGCGCAAAAAAUUUUCAAGAUGAUGCUACGUCGAAAUUAAACGCGAUUCCAUCGACUUCUUCAAGUACGAUAGAACCCAGCAUAGAAGAUGUCAGUUACAAUAAUCUCGUGCAUUUUGAUUACAAUCAUUUUGACGUUGCGCCGAACGAAAAUACGGAUGUCGACGACAAACGUGCCGACAGAUGGAAAAGGUCAAAGAAAGACAGUAAAUUCGGCAACUUCGAUCUGUAUGAAACUACCAGCGGUUACGUAAACCCGACUUUCUUCAGCGCAGACGAACUGGAGAAUUUAAACGUAGUUCCUGUAUACACCACCAAAGACGGAAAGAUAACUUAUAGUCCUAACCCUCGAUUCACGUAUCGCGAGCUACUUACGGAAGCUCGCACAAAGGAUUAUGGUAACUUUCGCGAACCGUAUUUUGCGAAAUCUCCGUCGUACGAUUAUUACAAUUGCUCCAAGUUGCGGAAGGUAUUCAAGAGAAACCGCGAUGUUACCACCGCCGGUAAGAAAAAAGAGAUUGAUCUUAUCGACGCUAAAUCUACAGCGAUACAUGUUGAUUAUUCAAAUAAAAAUACUGUUCACAAAAACGCUAAUUGCGCGAAAACUCGAGGUACGCAUUUAGAAUUCUUCAAUGAUGAUGCUAACAAGUUGUAUGCAAACAAGAACGAUCAAGAGAGCAAAGAAGCUAAUAAUAAGAAAAAUAUCAUAGAUUUGGACUUCCUCGAAAAACAGUAUAACUUGGAUAGUAUCGAACCUCCAGCCAAUAUUACAUCCAGCAUUAAUAAACAUUGUAAGACGAAAGUAUUCGCGGACAAUCUCGAGUAUGAGAAAGGAUACAACGAAAGCUCCGUGUUCGAAUCGAAUUUAUUUUUGGAACCAAGGACCUCAUGUUGGGAAGAGACUAUGGAAUCAAUUAAAUCGUAUUCUUCUCACAUCGAUAGAAGAAACAGCAGUAAUGUUAAAGAACUGAAUUUUAGUGAUAUAUUCGCCGCGCAGAAACGAUUGGAUACUUUCCCAUUUCUACCUAUGGAGCAAGAUUCUUCCGACAACGGCAUUCAUAAAGCGAAUUGCGAUGUGAUGAAUGAGCCAACGUUGCACCACACAACGUGCAAUUACAUCGAUGAUCUACGUUCGAUUCAGGAUGACGAUUUGCGACAUGAAUCAUCGAACGCUGCUUUAUGCAAUGAACAAGAAAAUGAAUGUAAUAAUCAGAAAAUUGCGUCAACAGAUGUUAUUGAUAAAUCGGUAGGCAUAUUUAAUAUUAAUGCAUCGUUGAGUAUGCAAAGUAAUGAUGAACAUACAAAAAAGCAAGAAUCUCAGAUUGAUGGAAACGAAUCCAGUGCAAUCGGAGUCACUGAAAAGGCACAAUUGUGUGAUUCUCCUAAAUUGAUGGAUAAGAAAAUACACGAUCCAGAAGAAGAUCAAAGUUCUACGAACUACGAUAAAAACAAGGAAGCCUCGAUGAAACAGCCAGUGGAAGACAAUCAUUCAUAUCUUUGUUGCGAUCGUUCUGUCUCUCCAAAGGAAGAUAAACUCAAUGCUGAAGUUGCAAAUACGAAAGAAAUUUCGGAUGAAGAUUCUGCCAAAGUCGCAAAUCCUUCUAAAUUAAAUGUCGAAUCUAAGGAUUCACUUGACGAACCAAAAAAUAUGGAAAAUGUAAAAGAAUCCACGCUUGCUUUGAGUGAACAAGAUAAUGAAAUUAAUGAUUCAGUGAAAAAUGAUUCAGACUCUGCCGUGAAUCAGGAAAUUAUAUAUCAACCAGUUUUAUCAGCUUCGAUCGAUCACAAAGAUAAGGAAAAGACUACGCUUACGGAAUCGACUGUUUCGACUGAGAUUACUUUCGAUCAAGUAGAUAAGCAAGACAUGUGUGAUAAAGGAGAUACUAUUAUAUCUAAAGAAGACGAACCGAGUGCCUUGCAAAAUUCAUCUAACGUUGCAUUCAUCGAACAAACGCUUGCAGAGGAAGGCAACGAGCAACAAUCAGAAAUUUCGGAGAUUGAUCGACAAAAAGCUGAAGUUUCAUUGAAGAAUCGAGGAAAUGACGAAGUGAAUACUUGUUCUAUAAUAUCUACGUCCACCGCUUUGAACCUACGAACGGAAAAGAACAUAUGCGACUUAUUCGCAAGCGAGAGGCACGAACAAAACAUAUCAGAGUUCACUGUCAUCAAGAAUAUCAUUAAAGGCGACAAGAAGCAAUGUCAAGAACCUGAGAUGAAUGAGAUUCCCAAGAAUUACGAUAGCAUAAUCGAUUCCAAGUUACUGUGCAUAGAUUCUUCUGAUUGCGGAAUUUACGCGGAGGAUAGAUGUACGUUGCAAAUGCCCGAGCAUGAUUUCACGGAGGAAGACAGUAUGGUACCGAUGGUGUGGGAGACGAGCCAAAUUCAGGAAGACGCUGUCAAUCGUUUAUGCAACAUCAAUGAAUCGAUCGAUUUUGGCGCGGUUAAUUCACUCCAGGAUAAUUCGCUGUUAGACCAUCUGUCUCUCUCGAGGAUGUCUGCUACCAAAGAGUCUCAAGACAUGGAAGUAAUUACUGAAAUUGAAAACAAGGCGAUCAAUAAAUCAACGGUCAAAACAUCUGAAACAGUAAUUGAGGAAUCUAAAGCAGUGAUUGAGAAAUCUAAAGCAACGAUAGAGGAAUCUAAAGCAGCCAUCGAGGAAUCUAAAGCAACAUCGAGCAACAACGAAGGCAAAGAGCAGAAUCAAAUUUCUUCUAGUAGCUAUGAGAAGAUAGCGUAUUUGCGCGCGACAGAUUGCAAUGCUAACACAAAGAUGAUCCCUAAACUCGUUAUCAAGAAAAGCGAGACUAGCUCAAAGUUCGUUACGAAGAUGGGUUCCUCUUCUGUAACACAAGAUAGUACAUCUAACAAGUCAAUUUGUCAACCGAAGAUACCAAAGAUGAUUAUCAGGAACGCGAGAUCACGCCCGGGGACUCCGUCUAUCGAGGCGGUUCACGAAGAAAUUCCUGUAAGUAUCAUGAAUCGAACUUCGCUUACGAUUGAUGAUAUAUGUACUUGCAGUUCCGAAAGUUCUCUACACGAGUCAAAUAGUUAUAGAAAUAAAAUUCCCAAAAUGAAGAUUAAAUUAGAUGAGAAGCACUCCAAUAAGAUAGUGAGAGCCGAUGAUGAUGAGGAAGUUUGUAUCAAACGCAAAAAUGUUAAGAAAACCAUACCAAAGGUUAAAAUAAAGAAUAGCUCAAGGUCUGAUCUGGCGGACAAUUUGGAUUGCAACAGUAUGACUUCUCAAGAGUCGAGAGAUGCGGGAAGAUAUGAGGAAAAAAUACCUAUACUGAAAUUGAAGAAACAGGAAAGGAACAGAUCGUCAUCUCCAGAAGUGACACGGAAGAGGCAAUUCUCGAGCCAUUAUUCGGAAGUGCCGCUCAAAAAGUGCAGAAGAUCGGAACGUGAUGAUACAGAACAUCAUACGAAACGCAGCAACUCCUCCGAAUCAAUGCAAACAAAUGCGUCAGAAUGCGAAACGAAGAAGAAUUCCAUGAUAUGCAUUUCUGAGAAGAUUCCUAAGGUAAUUAUCAAGAGAACAUCGGCUAGCGCGGAAUUCAAAUGCGAGCUGAGCAAGGGCUACAAGAAUGUCAUUGCGAAGAGUGCAAAGUGGCAACCGGAGGUCAAAUUGGAAAGAUACCGUAUCCUGGACAGCAUGGUGAAGGAUUUGAAAUUAACUUUGUCCCCAAUUACGUUACGAGCUAUCGAGAAAAUGUCUGUAAGUCGCAAGGAUAGCCAUCGUCAGGAAAAGCAAGGUGAUUAUAAACUGUCCAGGUCGAACUCAACGUCUGAUCUAUUUCCGGUUAAGUGUAAGCAGAGAAGAAUGUCAGAUUAUGACUGUAGAAAAAUUAAUGAUACGUCAAGAGUCGAUGUAAAUUUUGCAUUUAAAACAGAUAUCAAGACGUGCAUCAUACCGAAAAAGUAUUCAUCCAGAGGUCAUAAAUCAACCAACGAAUAUCGAAAGGACAAACGUAGAUCGAGAUCUCGUGAUAAUAAUCCACGAUCGGAAGUGGAUGUUACUUCGUCCGAUAAAGAAACCAAUCAGUCAUCUGAAAGAACCAACUCACAGAAAGCUACCUCUCAAUAUGAUAAACACAAGACUGAUAGUUUUGAUACCAAUAGCAAACAAGCGUUGAAAGCGGACGAAGAUAUAAUUUCAAAUAAACUUGGCCAGAAGAAUACUCCCGUCAAACAUCUACACAGCUCAAGCUUCAAGCUCGCAUUAAAGGAAUUGAAGGCAACAGUUGAAGGCAGAAUGAAGACAGAAACUUGUUUCAUAAAAUUGCCCGGUCCGAUUGAAACAUCGCCUGAAGAAGUCAAUUUACGAAAUGACAAGGAGCAGAGAAAAGAACAAGAUAACGAUCAUUUCUUGAGCAAGGACAGCGACAAAGUUGUGAUAAAGAACGAACGUCUGAGUAAUUUCAACGACAUAGAUAACGAUUGCACUGUGCAAGAUGACAUGGACUUGCUUAACGACUCUGUAAGUAUAUCAGAUAAUUUCGAAAUGAAUAACAGCACCGUUAUUAAAGUUGAAUCUUCGGACGAGAGCCAGUCGACCAUAGAGAUCCUGCCUGCUUCACCGGAUGAUAAUCGUAGCGAGCUGGAGAGGAAUAUAAUGGACGAUGGUGAUGAUCAAUUAUAUUCGGAGGAUGCGAUUCCGACUCAAUUUGAGCUAGAGUUAGAGAUCGCGGAUAAUAGCAAUACCGAUCUACUAGAUGUAUCUAUGCCGAAACUUGAUCCUGUUACCUGUUACAAUUCACGUGUGAAUUCUACUUAUGAAGAGUUUAGUGAUCAAACUGCAAAAUUAGGACGUUACGACAAAUCUGAGGCUUCCUCUCACGGCAAGAAUUCGCUUGAGAAAGAUAAAAGUUUUGUGGAAAUUGGCAGCGAUGAUAGAUCUGAAUUGGAGAACAGCUCAGCUAACUCUGUCAAAGAGAUUUCUUCGAAAACCCCUUGUUGCAGAGUAAUGAGUUUCGCUACGACGAGAGAAAACUUUUGCUGUAAUGACUCCUUGAUAAAAGAAGUUUUAGCGGCCAAGGAGACUUUGAAAAAGUGCCUUUCGAAAUCCAGAUAUGAUGUAGGUAACGCGAUAGGUAACACGAGACCGAAGACAGCCGCAGAGAAGAAACAGGGUUCGAGUUUUGAUAUCAACCAAAUUUCGGAGGUGCCUUCGAGUGAUGCUCAAAGCUGUCGUAGCGACGUUGCGUCUCAGAAGGGCUCUAUACCCCUGGCAAGUAAAUGUAACAAGACUGAAAAAAUAUCUAAUACCGAGAAGUCUGAUAAGAAACAUUCCAAAUCAAGCAAAAGUUUCUUCAUGAAGAAGAAACCGAGGUCAUUUGAGAAAAACGAAGCAAAUUUCAAGGACACGAUAAAGAACACAUCCAAAUGCAAUAUAACAUCCUUGAAAAUUAAACAGGUCGAGCAAGCUGUGUCAAACGAAAGUCUAAUUCGUACUGUACAUUUAAACGAGAAAAGAAAGAAUGUAACUGAUCAAUGCGACGAUGUUCCUCGUUCGCAGGAAAGGAAAGAGAAUUCACAACAAAGGAAAGAGAAGAAUCGGUUAUCAUCCUACAAAAUUCCUAAGAUAUCGAGAUCUACCAAUCAAGGGAAUAACACAAACAAUGCAAAAGAAAUCAAGUCCAAAGAAGAUAACAUGCCGAUAUUAGAGCCCGAGGUCAAUGUAAACUUCGAUACGAAUUCAGAUAGAGAGAGUUCUAGAUCGCCCCCGGUCAUCACGAUUCAGGACAGCGAAGAUCUCGGUGUAGCGGAGUCAAAGUUGAUAGACGAUAAAGUUAUAACAUCAAACAUUAAAGUUGAAAGCAAUAUAAAGGACAUUAAGAAGAGCGAAAUGUCUAUCGUCGAUCUCAUAACUCAAUUAGCUUAUCACGAAAAGGCAACGAUAAAAGAUAAACGAUACUGCAAUUUGUGCGAAAUAUGGUUCGAUAAUCCAUCGCAGCAUGAACGGCACUUGGCUGGAUACGAACACCGUCACAUAGAAUUGACACAACGUAGAAGCAUUCACGCACUGUUCACGCUCUUCACGGGCAAGCCUUGUCCCAAGCUAGUUCCGGCGAAUGUUGUACGAAGUGAUUGUUCUAUAGGUGAAUUAACGCCGUUACAAAUUGCGGUACAGGAUGUCACAAAGUGUUUUGACUGCACACAACAAAGUCCAAGGAAAGAAAAUGAUGUUGAUAAAUAAUUGCGAGUAAGUUAUUUACAUUACAAGCCUAUAUAUAUAGUUACUGUGAUUAUAAUAAUGGCUUACAGUGCAAUCUUUUUACGAAGGUUAUCCGCGACGAUAACGAAAAAUCGAAUAUUUUAUAUCGCAGUUAGAUCGCAAGCGAUUCAGCUGCUACUGUUAAUGGCGUCGACAUCGAAAUUUUAAUUGCUAGAUAAUGAAUGCUUUGAAAAGUUUGCUGAUUUUAGCUAAGUCAACCGAUGUGGGUCAUCAUUAACAAAGAGUUACCCAAGGGAUACUUCUAGCUUACAAUUAGAUGUUUUAGCCAAAGAUUUUAACAGAAUUAAAUAAUACGCGUUCGAUUAUUUACACUUUGAAAAGAGACUCCGGUCUUUUAUUUGUACAAAGUUUUACGAGUGAUGUUCAACUUCUGAAUGUGCUCACACUGCGAAUUUUUAUUUAUAUUAUGAAGAGACUUAUAUAUAAAACACAUAG